AUGACCAUCUACAGCAUAAAUCAGGCUGUAAUCAAGUUAAUAAGAACAAGGACAAUAAACAGGAACCCAACAGACAUAACAGUCACAAGAAGUGGAGAGCUAGUGUAUUCAGAUCAAUGGGAGAGAACUAUUAACAUUGUGAAGAGUGAAUUUAAAGAGGAAGUGAUAAGACUAGAAAAAUGGAAACCUCUAGGUGUCUGUAGAACCUCCUCCCGCGACUUUCUCUUUACUAUCGAAAGUGAUGAUAAACAGUCCAAAGUUGCCCGAUACUCUGAUUCAACAGAGAAACAAUCCAUUCAGUUCGAUGAUAAAAAGGCACCUCUUUAUUCAUCGGAUGGUUCUCAUAAAUUCAUACGUGAGAACAGGAACCUUGAUAUCUGUGUGGCUGACUGUGAAGCUAAAGCAGUAGUGGUGGUCAAUCAGGCCGGGAAACUGAGAUUCAAAUAUUCUGGACAAGCUCCUCUUCCAAGCCUGUGCAAGGCUUGUGUGGGAGAACACAUUUCUGUUGAUGAAUUGAAGGAUCACAGACUGCUCAAAUUUGAGUCUAGAAAUUCCACUCCACUCUACCCCAAAUGUGCCUUCCAUGAUAUAGAGCGAUGUAAGGUUUACUGUAGGUACUGUAACAUUCCUGUCUGUCACACCUGUCUGGCAUCUGAUCAACACCUUGAAAAAGAAUAUAAAAUUAUCUCUGAGGCCAUCACAAAGCGUGGGCAUUACUGGCACAGAAAAGUUGAUAAAGUUGUAAAGAAACUUAAAUCCCAAGUUGAUGAAAUGAAGACCUCUCAGUUAGAAACUUUGCAGAAUCAUUUGGUUGAAAUCAACACGAAAAUUAUUGAAAUUAAAGAUGAAAUUGAUUCACUGGAUGAAUGCAUUGCUGAAAAAACCAAUGACAUUGCAAAAUUAAUACGUGUAAGACCCAAGACAGAUCAAUAUCAAAAGCUUCCACAAAAAAUUGUACCCUCACUACCCCAAUUUAUUCCAAAUACAAUUCAAGACGAAACAUUAAGUCAUCAAUUAGGAAGCAUAUCACCAUUUUCAUUUGUAUCAGAAGAUUAUGGUUACAUAUUGAAACCAAGGCAAGAAAUGCAAAAAGCCGGUUCCUCUCGGUUAACUAAAACGAAAUCACCAGAUUUUGUAUUCCAUCAGAUUUACAUUGAUAUUUUCCAUCUUACAAAUAAUCCUCAAAACAUUUCCUGUCUUGGUGAUGAUAGAUUGUGGAUAUGUGAUAAUAGCAAUAUUAUAGAACUCUACGAUGUAAAGGAGCAUUCACAAAACCGGUUUAUCAAAACGAAGACAAGGGCCAUACCAGAAGACAUAGCAGUGUUAAGAAGCGGAGACUUAGUUUAUACUGAUGGCAUGUAUAAAACAGUAAACAUCGUUAUUAAUGACGAGAUACAGGAGUUGAUCAGACUUCAGAACUGGAAACCUCGUAAUGUCUGUAGCACUUCCUCUGGUGACAUUCUGGUUACUAUGGAAAGUGAUGACAACAAACAAACAAAAGUUGUUCGAUACACCGACUCCAUAGAGAGCCAAACAAUUCAAUUUGAUGAUGAGGGAAAACCACUCUAUUCCUCUGGCCUAAACAUGUACAUGUGUGAAAAUAAGAAUCUGGAUAUAUGUGUAGCUGACUAUGGUGCUAAAGCAAUAGUGGUGGUCAAUCGGGGCGGGAAACUGAUAUUCAGGUACACUGGACAUACUCCUUCUCCUAGGAAUGAAGCAUUCUGUCCACAAGGAAUCACUACAGACAGUGAGAGUCACAUCCUUACAACUGAUUAUGGUAAUCGCUGUGUCCAUAUCAUGGACAAAGAUGGACAGUUCCUUCAUUAUCUGACCCUUGGAAAAAAUAAACCGUAUGGAAUCUGCACUGAUACAGUUGACAAUCUUUUUGUUAUUUGCAAAGAGAAAAAAGU